AUGUUUGCCUCCUCCCUCGCAUCUCGUGCCGUUGCUGCAAAAAGAUUCAAGGGCUCAUCCUCCCUUUUCCAAGGAGCCAGAUCGUACUUCCUUUCCUUCGGCAAGGAGCGAAACCAGGAAAUGCUCGUCGACGACAUUAACCCCUUCAUCCGGUUCCCUGUCGUCACACCAGAACAGAUGAGGAAGAUCUCCAACGACAAGUUCAAGUUCGACUUUGCGUAUACGUCGUUUGCAUUUCACAGCUCGAGCUCAGUGCCUCAGAUCCACUCGUUGUCGGACUUGACCGAUCCCACGCUGUUGAACUCGUUGCUUCCCAAAAGAAGACCCCAGGGUUCGCCUGCGGAUACGCUUUCCAUCAAAGCUGGUGACGAUACCAUGUUGGUGUCGCCGACUGUACUUGCUGUGGCCGAUGGAGUCUCUGGAUGGGAGGACAAGUCCGAUGCGGACGCCGGCAUCUGGUCCCGUUCGAUGUUGGAGACGUUCUCGAGACUUAUGACCGAAUACAAGAUAAGCCAUUCUCCUCAUCACUUGAACAAGAGAGACAUCUCCGAGAUUCUCGACGACUCCUUCUUGCACACGUCACAUUUGAUGGAUUUGCAAAGGUUAGAAGGCUCUUCAACCUUGAUACUAGGCAUGCUAAGUGGAGACUUGCUUCAGAUGGUCAGCAUUGGAGACUCCAAACUCUACAUCAUCAGAGACGGCGAGAUCAUCAAAACAAACGAAGAGCAAAUGGUAACAGAUUUGUGUCCCCAGCAGAUCGGAACUCACACCUUGACUCAGUUGCCAUCGGAAGUUGCCUGGGUCGAAUCGAUUGAAUUGAAAGAAAACGAUCUUAUCGUCGUGUGUUCAGACGGUAUUUCCGACAAUCUUUAUGAAUGGGAGAUUGUGGAUUAUCUCGACCAGUUCUUGAACGGCAAAAAAGACAGCUUGAAGCGUGCAGUGAACAAACUUCUCUUGAAAGCCAAGGAAGUGAGUUUUGAUGACUACGCUUGCACUCCUUACAACCAGAAGGUGAAUUCUAUGUCUGGUAAACACGGCAAGCAGAACAGCGUAGGCGGAAAACUCGACGAUAUGUCGCUCUGUAUUGCCAGAGUGGUGCUCAAUAAAAGGGGAAAGUUAAAUUAA